UAAAAUUUAAUAAAUGGAAGAGGAAUUUAAAUAAAAGUGGGGUUUUGCAGCACUCUAAAAGUAUGUUUCAGAAAGGGAGAAAGAUAAGGAUAAGCCAAUUUAUAAAUUAUGGCAUGGGAUGAAUUUAGAUGAAUUAGGUGUACCUGUUUAGGAAAAUAAGUAUAUUAAAAUAAAAUUAGAUUUCCUGGACAACCUACAAAAAUCAUAUCACCUUUUAUAGAUGAUAAUGCUACCUAACCAGAUCCUCUUUCUAAACCUCAUGAUUGGAUUAAAUAAAAAUUAAUGCCUCGUCCUAAUAGUGUGAAUAGAAAAAAAGAAAUGUAUAGUUUAUUUUCUGAAGAAACUAAUCUUUAUAUAUUUUAUAAUGUUAUGGAUGAAGAAUAAUAAUUGUUUGCUGUAGAAAAUCUGUAUUUAAUAAAAAUUAUUAUAGCUAUUCCAAAGGAUGGAGGUAUAAUUUGAAAAAGGAACAAUGGUUUAAAGAAAUUUCAUUGAUUAACAAGAAUUUAUAUUCUGGAAAAUAUUUCAGUAUAGCAAAUUGGAAAAUAAUGGAAAGUUCAUAAAUUGAUAUGUAAGAGUCAGAUUUGUGUACAAUUGAAUAAUUCUUCAAUAAUUAAAAUUAAUGA